AUAUACCAGGCUCUUCUGCUAGUGUUUGACCACGUUUCCGAUGAAAGCGGUCAUACUGUUAUUGUUGUGUCUCUGUUGGCUAGUCUGAUAGAAGAUCAAGUGAAGUAUUUGAGAAGUCUUGGUCUGUCUGUCGUAAAUAUUUCUUCAAACGUUGAAGUUGAUCGUGCAAAGAUAGAGAAAGGAGAAUAUUCAAUUGUCCAUGGCUCACCUGAAGCAUGGCUUAUGAACCAGCGCUGGCUAUGUAUGUUGAGUAUUGAUGUCUACUCGAAGAAACUUUGUGUUGUGGCUGUCGAUGAACCUCAUGUUUUACGGCACUGGUAAGUCCGAGUUUUAUCGCGAUUUCCAUCAUUGACGUUUCAAACUUUCAAAGAAACAAUUUCACUUAUAUUUUAAUAAAAAUGUGAGUAAAAUUGGGAAACAAACACAUACACUAAACAAUAAUAUAAAAUAAUUAUCCAUUCUUCUUUGCUAAAAUUAUCUUAGAAACUUUUCCUGUAAAACUCUUAAAAAAUGAUUUAUUUCAAACGAAUUCAAUCUUAAUUUAAAAGUUUUCAUUAGUAUUGUUUUGUUUUAAAAGUAAUUUAUGUUUUCUUUCCUCACUCACAAGCCACUACCAGUUCACAUACAUGGAGACAUUGCAGGGGACAUCUGAGGACAAUAAAAUGGCAGCAUUGCGUGAGUGUUAUGGCCGACUUCAUGAGCUGUGA